CAACACCCCCAAGCCUGCUUUGGCAGCGGUGACGUCACUAGGUCGAGUGAAUUGAGGUGGAGGCAGCUACGUGAAAGGAAUUGUUUUGAGAAAUCAAAGAAAGUACGUGAAUUAAUUAUUUUGCUUACGACUCGACUGGUUUGUGGAAACGGUUUAUUUUCGUUCUUGUUCGAGUGUGUGUGCUUCGUCAGUCCCCGUUCUCGUUGGAGUGAACACAAAGGGGGACUCCAUGAAAGAUGACGGAGGAGGUGACAGUUGUAGCCAAGUGGGACUACACGGCCCAGCAGGACCAGGAACUUGACAUCCGGAAGAAUGAUCGGCUUACCCUGCUGGACGACAGCAAGACUUGGUGGAGGGUGAGGAACGCCUCAAACCAGACCGGCUACGUCCCCUCCAACUACGUAGAGCGCAAGAACAGCCUGGUGAAGAAGGCCUCUCUGGUCAAGAACCUCAAAGACACACUGGGACUGGGUAAGGGCAGAAGGAAGCAGAGUGCCAGUGACGCCUCCCCCACGCCCAGCACAGAUGCGGAGUACCCCUCCAAUGGGAGUGGCGGAGGAGUGGCCGAGCGGGUCUACGACCUCAACAUCCUGGCUGUGGUCAAGUUCUCGUACGUGGCGGAGCGCGAGGAUGAGCUGACCCUAGCCAAGGGGUCCCGGGUCACGGUGAUGGAGAAGUGCAGUGACGGUUGGUGGCGGGGCAGCCAGGGGGGCCGUGUGGGCUGGUUCCCCUCCAACUAUGUCCUGGAGGACCCCGUAGAGGGUGAAGGGGGUAGAGGCGGAAGGGACUCCCCAGGUUAUCCAGGGAGGGGCAGGGAGGCCACGAUGACCAACGGGCGGGCGGGAGGUGGUGGCAGCCGGGGUGGCGAGGGCAGUGGUGCGCUCCAGCUGGUCCAGACUCUGUACCCGUUCAGCUCAGUGACGGAGGAGGAGCUGAACUUUGAGAAAGGAGAGGUGAUGGAGGUUGUUGAGAAACCUGAGAACGACCCAGAGUGGUGGCGCUGCCGGAACACCCGCGGUCUAGUGGGCCUGGUGCCCAAAAACUACGUGCUGGUGCUGAAUGACACCAACGGGCCUCCCGGGCUCCCCGCCCUUCCGCUGUCGCCCCCCGGCUCCCCACAGAUCGGCCACAUGGCCCCGGCGUGCGAGGGCAAGUUUGCAGGCAGGGACUGGUACUACGGAGGGGUGACCAGACACCAAGCAGAGCUGGUCCUCAACGAGAGAGGACAGGAGGGGGAUUUCCUCAUACGUGACAGCGAGUCAUCGCCCAGUGAUUUCUCUGUGUCUCUGAAGGCGCCUGGAAAGAACAAGCACUUCAAGGUGCAGUGUUCAGAGGAGGUCUACUGUAUCGGCCAGCGCAAGUUCAGCUCCAUAGAUGAACUGGUGGAACACUACAAGAAAGCCCCCAUCUUCACCAGUGAACAAGGAGACAAGCUCUACCUGGUCAAACCGCUGCCCGCACCCCAGCUAUCCUCAACAUGCUGAACUUGGGGAGAGACCUUACUGUCUGUUUUAGCCCAGUCACAUAGUUCGUAUUGGUUCUGUUUCCUUUGUUUUUUAUUUUUAUUUUUUAAAUGUAAACCCUCUCCAGAGGUUCUGAUGAUUUCUAAAGGAAAUAAUAAGUUCACUAAGGGACCACUGUAAACACUCUUUAGAUGUGUUCUUCUUCCUUUUGCCUAAUCCUCAUCUAUCCCUCUCUUCCUCCGCCUUCAUCCUCAUCUAUCUAUCUCUUCCUCCGCCUUCAUCCUCAUCUAUCCAUCUCUUCAUCCUCAUCUAUCCAUCUCUU